AUGGCGAUAUCGAAGAUAAAGUAUGAUCUUCCCUACAUCCCCGAUGAAUUGAUUGCCGACCACAUUCUGCCCCUACUUCCGGUAAUAUCUCUAAUUCGUAUCAAAACUGUUUGCAAACGUUGGUUACAUAUAAUUUCUAGUCCGAUUUUUGUUAAAUCCCAUCUAGAACAGUCAUUAGUAUCGCGUAAUUGUUUUUUGAUCAAGUCUCAUCCGAUUAGGAAUGAUAGUUCCAUUAGGAGUACUCCGACUGAAUGCUUCCUGUUGCAUUGUGGAAAAGAAAUUGGUUAUAAGUUAGAUCAAUUGGAUGUUCGAAGUGAGUUUCAAUUAGAUCCUGAACUCUAUCGUCGUAACUGUAUAGUGGGAUCUUGUGAUGGUUUGCUUUGCUUCUAUUUUGAUAGCGAAAUCUUUCUUAAAAAUAGAUUUCUCCUGUGGAACCCUGCUACGAGAAGUAGCCGGAUAAUUGAAACCCCAUGUGUAGAUCACUUAACUAGAUGUGGUUUUGGUUACGCGUCUAAUAUAGAUGAUUACAAAAAUUUUGCUUCUUUUCAAUCAAUCCAAAUGGUGAUUCGCUAUACUGGAUCGUCUCCGUUGGUGGUGGGCACUAUAAACACAUUCUUAGUUUCUCAUUGUCGAGCGAAAAUUUCAAAGAAGUUGCCCCCGGACACUGAAAAUAUUAGGUACAAGCUUUUUGUGAGUAGAGGGUAUCUGGCCUUGUUUUCUGAUCGUGAUGAAUAUGGUAAUGAUGAUGAUGAUGAUGAAGUCGCUCAAUUUGCAAAUAGUACCAAUCGCGUUGAUGACAUUUGGAGAUUGAUGGCUUGUGAUUCGUGGGUGAAAUGGUUCACAAUAAGUUGGAACUUCCCACGCGUUCUAGCAUUUUCACCUACCGGCAAAUAUUUGGUACAUCCUCAUUCGCAAGAGUUAAAGGUGGUUGAUAGUGUGGUCGUAGAUGAAUCCAAAAGCGAAGGCAUGAUCUUUGAAGGGUAUCCGAUGCACUCGGAGAGUCAUGUUGAGAGUCUAGUCUCACCAAAUUAG